CCCGAAACCUCCAAGUAGACACUGUUCAGGUUUUGUGCAUCAGAUUGUCAUCCACUUGGCUAUCUAACAGAUUUUUCUGCAAUUGUUGAUAUCCUUUUUCAUAAUGUUUCAGACCCCUUGUACGUGGCACGUCGGAUUGGUAGUAACGCCGUUUACGAUGAACUUUGCUGCAGUCAACGAAGGUAGCGUCACAUUCCCCGCACACGUUCCGCCAGCGUUUGCAGGAAAUGUAAAUGGUCCGCUGACUUGCUUGAGACGGGUUCUCCGUCUUCUUCUUCCUCUGUCGAGACUCGACAUCCAAAUUUGCAAGGGACUACUGAAUGUCACACUUAAGUGACACACGGAUAGCUUCAGUGCAGUCCCAGGUGAACCAAUAUGCGGAAGAGGCGUCCUCGCUGCCUCCUUCUCCAGACCAGAUCGUCCAUGAGGAACAUGCCCCAGCUCCUCCUCCCCAGGUUUCUCCAUCUGAGGCAUCUCACUCGGACUCUGGAUUCAGUUUAUCAUCUAGCUCCUCCGGGGAGGUUACUGGGACUCCCUUUGAUUUUGGGACACAGCGCUAUGAAUACCCCUUCCCUCCCACUCAAGGUACAUCAAGCGAUCCAUAUUUACCACUUUCUUCAUCAAUUACAAUCACAUCUCCAUCCAACUCCAUCUGGCCUUUGUGGCCUGCACAAGUCACGAAAUCUUUCCCUCUCACUCCCCCUCCCCCCAGAAAAGUCAGGACCCAUCCGAAGUUGCGAUCCGUGGCUGCGCGAGAACCACCCGUUCCGCCUAGCCUAGCGAAUAAACGUAGUUUUUGGAGCCUGAGCCUCCAACGCCAGGCCUCUGCAGAAAGUCAACAAAGCGACUUUAGCGACACCCAAACACGCGGCCGGAGGCUUCCUCCUGGUGGUGUGGGGUUUACCGAGGCAGACGCCUAUUCCGCGUCCGAACCGGAAAUCACUGUGCGCCGUCGUCAGCCUUCAGCAUAUGCCGUGUAUGCUUCUGGCUCUAGGGUGGAUCCAAGUGGGGAAACAGGCAAUCAAAAUGGGUUGAUAACAUGUGGUGGUCGUGCGCCAGAAGUACCGGUUGCGGGUGGACCAGCCUCUGGUCAUGGGCCCAAUGGUGGCCAUAAUAAACUUGACCUGCGGCCAGGGAAUGUGCCAAAUCGGGGCAAUGUACAAAACUCGUCUGUCGGCGAGGUUUUAAGAAUAGUCGCCGGUCGACUUUUGAAUUGGGUUUUACGCUUUUUCUUGGGUUCUUGAGGUCCUGGCGGAGGACAUAGCUAUCAGCACUUUGAUGCAACAAUGUAUCAUCAACAUCUAUUGUUGCAUAUCACAUCUACUAAAUCAUCCACAUUUCACGAAUUCACGAAUUCACUCAUCGUGAUAGAAGACUUGUACACGCGCGAUAUUCCUACUUUUUUUUCUACUUACUCUCAUGCAUAUCAUUCCCCUGAUGCUUAACGUCGUUUCAUCAAUACCACGUCGAUUACGUCCAUAGGAGCAGAAUUUGCCACCUCGCUUCCGACCAUACCUGUCACGCUACGCCCUACUUGUUUUAUCGCAAUAUGUUGUCCCCACGAUGAGGAUCAUUACUAAGUUUAACCGGAUUGUAGUGAUAUUUUCCAGCUAGUUCCAAAUCGAUAUGCCAG